UGAAGCCACCAUGGGAGAUGAAGAUUGGGAAGCAGAGAUCAACCCUCAUAUGUCUUCCUAUGUUCCCAUAUUUGAGAAGGAUAGGUAUUCUGGAGAAAAUGGAGACAAUUUUAACAGGGCUGCCGCUUCAUCCUCAGAAAUGGAUGAUAGACCUCGAAGAGAUCAUUUCAUGAAAAGUGGAUUUGCCUCUGGGCGGAAUUUUGGAAACAGAGAUGCUGGCGAAUCUAAUAAAAGAGGAAAUACGUCUGCAAUGGGUGGUUUUGGAGCUGGAAAGAGUUUUGGAAACAGAGGUUUUUCAAACAGCAGGUUUGAAGAUGGUGAUAGCUCUGGUUUCUGGAGAGAAUCUAGUAAUGACUGUGAAGACAAUCAAACACGGAACAGAGGGUUUUCCAAGAGAGGCGGCUAUCGAGAUGGAAGUAAUUCAGACACUUCAGGGCCAUCCAGAAGAGGUGGAAGAGGUAGUUUCCGAGGUUGCCGUGGAGGAUUUGGUCUAGGAAGUCCAAGUAAUGAAUUAGAUCAAGAUGAAUGUAUGCAACGCACUGGUGGCCUUUUUGGUUCUAGAAGGCCAGCAUUAAGUGGCACAGGUAAUGGUGAUACUUCUCAAAGCAGACGUGGCAGUGGAAGUGGACGAGGUGGUUACAAAGGUUUAAAUGAAGAAGUAAUAACAGGCUCUGGAAAGAAUUCUUGGAAAUCAGAAGCAGAAGGAGGAGAAGGUGGUGAUACUCAAGGACCAAAAGUGACCUACAUACCCCCUCCUCCACCUGAGGAUGAGGACUCCAUCUUUGCACAUUAUCAGACAGGCAUAAACUUUGACAAAUACGACACUAUUCUUGUGGAAGUGUCUGGACAUGAUGCACCGCCAGCAAUUCUGACUUUUGAAGAAGCUAAUCUCUGUCAGACACUGAGUAACAACAUUGCUAAAGCUGGUUAUACUAAGCUUACUCCUGUGCAAAAAUACAGUAUUCCUAUCAUACUUGCAGGACGAGAUUUGAUGGCUUGUGCUCAGACAGGGUCUGGGAAGACUGCAGCUUUUCUCCUACCAAUUUUGGCUCAUAUGAUGCGUGAUGGAGUAACUGCCAGUCGUUUUAAAGAGUUGCAGGAACCAGAGUGUAUUAUUGUAGCACCAACUCGAGAAUUGGUCAACCAGAUUUAUUUGGAAGCCAGAAAAUUUUCUUUUGGGACUUGUGUAAGAGCUGUUGUUAUAUAUGGGGGAACCCAGCUGGGGCAUUCAAUUCGACAAAUAGUACAAGGCUGUAAUAUAUUAUGUGCUACUCCUGGAAGACUGAUGGAUAUCAUAGGCAAAGAAAAGAUUGGUCUCAAACAGAUCAAAUAUUUGGUUUUGGAUGAAGCUGAUCGCAUGUUGGAUAUGGGGUUUGGACCAGAAAUGAAGAAGUUAAUUUCUUGCCCAGGAAUGCCAUCAAAGGAACAGCGCCAAACCCUUAUGUUCAGUGCAACUUUUCCAGAGGAAAUUCAGAGGUUGGCUGCAGAGUUUUUAAAGUCGAAUUAUUUGUUUGUUGCUGUUGGACAAGUGGGUGGAGCAUGUAGAGAUGUUCAGCAGACCGUUCUCCAAGUCGGCCAGUUCUCAAAAAGAGAAAAACUUGUUGAAAUUCUACGAAACAUAGGUGAUGAAAGAACUAUGGUCUUUGUUGAAACUAAGAAAAAAGCAGAUUUUAUUGCAACUUUUCUUUGUCAAGAAAAAAUAUCAACUACAAGUAUUCAUGGUGAUCGGGAACAGAGAGAGCGGGAGCAAGCUCUUGGAGAUUUUCGCAGCGGAAAGUGCCCAGUUCUUGUUGCUACUUCAGUAGCUGCCAGAGGGCUAGAUAUUGAAAAUGUACAGCAUGUUAUCAAUUUUGAUCUUCCUUCUACCAUUGAUGAGUACGUUCAUCGAAUUGGGCGUACUGGUCGUUGUGGGAAUACUGGCAGAGCAAUUUCCUUUUUUGAUCCUGAAUCGGAUAACCAUUUAGCACAGCCUCUAGUAAAAGUAUUAUCAGAUGCUCAACAGGAUGUUCCUGCAUGGCUGGAAGAAAUUGCCUUUAGUACAUACAUUCCUGGCUUCAGUGGUAGUACAAGAGGAAGCGUGUUUGCAUCAGUUGAUACUAGAAAGAACUACCAGGGCAAGAGCACUUUGAACACAGCUGGAUUUUCUUCUUCACAAGCAUCCAAUCCAGUAGAUGAUGAGUCAUGGGAUUAAAACUGAAACAUCCUUCAAGUCUGUAGUUUUGAUGCAGAGAAGAAAAUAGUUUUCAUUUUUGAGUUUUUAACAGAAGUAUAAAACCUGACAUUCUCAUAGCUCCUGACCUUGUAUUCUGUCUCCUACACUUAAAAUUUGUACUGACUAGUUAUGUGAGAUGCUAAAAGUUACAACAUUGCAGUUACUGAUACAAAUGGUGUUAACUAGAAAUAUUAAAGCAUUCUAAAUGUCUUUCUUAUUUCUGGUAUAUUCUUCAGGAGGUUUAGAUAUGUUUAAUGUUUAAAUGCCAAGUCUUACUAUAGUGUUUAUUGAUCUUAUAAAACAAAUAUCUAGGUUAUGAUACACUUUUGGUUAAAAAUUACUGGGUCUCAUUUUUCACUUGAGCCUUGAAGACAGUAGGGUGUCACUCUAAUGUGAUAGCACGAUCUUUAAGAAACAGUAGAAGAUUUAAGCCUUUCAAAGUGAUUUUGAUUUUUAGAUCAUCAGAUGUAUGAUGAAAAUGGUUAAAUGUUUGUGACAUGAGUGCUGUACUCAAUGGCAUAACAAUGUUUGUUUUUAUAAUAUACACUCUUUCCUUGAAAUAAAGGAACAAACACUUUUCCCUUAAGUUU